AUGGAGGCUCUGAGCCGGUUGAAGGUACUAAAUUUGGGAAAUAAUAAUUUUGAGGAAGUUCCAGAGCAAUUGAAAUAUCUCAUAUCUCUGCAAAAGCUUUAUUUGUUUGGAAACAAGAUCACCAAACUGUCACCUUUAAUAUUUGAUGAAUUGAAGAAUUUAGAACUUCUCAAUCUGAACAAGAACCAACUAAAUGAUCUUCCGCCAGAGAUUUACAGGCUUGAAAAUCUUGAAUGUGUGAGUUUAGAGAAUAACAAAUUGGAAAAGAUUCCCAAGGAAUUUUGUUACCUUCCGAAUUUGCAUGAACUUCACUUAUCCCACAAUUUCAUCACCUCAUUACCUGAAGACAUCCAACAUCUGGAAAAUCUCAAGAUCUUGAUUUUGUCAAGAAAUAAAAUAGAAUCGCUCCCUGAUGGAAUCUGCAAGCUGGAGAGACUUAAGAUUCUUGAUGUUGCAGGAAAUAAUAUUCAGAUUUUUCCCAAUGCAAUGGGAUAUCUUCAGCUUGAAGAAUUUUACUGUGAAGAUAAUCCAUUGCUUCAGAAAAACCCAGUUAGUGCCAUACAAGAAGAGGACAUUCUCACUCUUAAGGAAAUAACAGCAAGAUUUAUUUUUACUCAGCUAGAAAACAAAAACCCUCUUUUAUGCAGAGCACUAAAACAAAACCCACAAGCACAGAAUUUACUUUCCCAGAGGCAAGAAUGUGCACACUGUGGACACAGCUUUCUGAGUAUGUGGCUAGAAUGCGUGCGUUUCAUAGAUAUAAAACAGAAAAAGACAUCUGCACUUGCACGCUCUUUGCUUAGAACUUUGAAAACCACAUUUGCAUUGCAUUUGUACAAACUGUUUUGUGGCAUUAGGAAUGAAAACAAUCUGCUGUACCUUUAA